ACAGGCGGAUCCUCCCGCAAGAAGUCCCGUCCGCGGCUGAAGUCAGCCUGCAGCCUGGGAAAGGGGGAUGCGCGGCUCCUUGGCCCUGGAUGGAGGGGAGGGCGGCCGUCUUCGUCGUCCCCAAAGCGAAGGGGGCUCCCUGGCGCUAGCCAGAGGUCUGGCGUGCGGACAGGAGGCUGCUCACUUUGCGGGUGCUCAGAUGAAUCCGACUCUGCUUGAACAAACAAGCAGUCCUGGGAGGGAGGGUUUCUCUCCGUGGGGAAAGGAGCAUUGCUCACAAACAUACGGUUAGCCCACCACACGGGCACAGUCGUCCGCAACCGUCCCAGGGAGCUUCAAGCGGCGGGAGGGGAGCUGCCCUGGCAAGCGCUACACGCCCUUUCCUACAAGGUGGGGCCCGCGUGCUCCGUCCCCCCCCCCGACCCCCGAGGGUCUUCCCCUGCCCCGGUAACCCGGCCCGCCCCGCGCCCUGGCGCUCGCCUCUCUCUGCCCGCCGCUCUGCCGCCCGUUCAGUCGCUCGCCAGCAGCGAGAGCAGCAGCCCCCCCCCCACGCCACGCGCAAGGCAGUCGCUCGAGGGGGCGGCCUCUCGUGGCAGGCAGAGCCGGGCUUAGCCAGCAGGCGGAGGGUUAACAGGGACCGAGGUGUGAGCGAACCAGACAGAGAGACGGACAGACAAGACAGCCGAGGCGAGGGAAGAGGCUGGAGCAGCCGGCCCGCCGCCGCCGCCGCCUCCUCUGCCUCCUUUAGCCCGCCUGGCCAGGAAAGGCGACGCCAGUUGGGAGAAGGAGAGCGGCAGCUGGACUCUGCCACGGCUAGCCGGGUCCCUCGGCUCGCCCGCCAAGUGAAGAAUAUGAGACUCAUUUACACCUGUGGAAAAACUGUUGCCUCUAGCUAUGGAAACUAGUUUCUGCCAUAGGAGGGUCCCCCUGGUCUCCUGCUUCCAUCUGCUGCCCUUCUGGCUACUCCUCCUCCUAGCCUCAGCAGUUCCGUUGCACAGCGCCUGGUCUCUUCGGACCCGUGGUCUUCUGGCAGCCCGGCCAUUGUGCAGCCACCGGAGCCCCACAGCAUCCAGAUCUUUCUGUAUCUGGGAUAGGAACCUGCCCACAGAGAAAACAGGAUUUCACUCUACCUCACUGCGGCUGCACUCUAUGGUUUCCAAAAGGGCUGGCCAACGCCAUGCCAUACGGCUGAGGCGUCAAGCCCAAGGGAUCCAGCCUGCUACUCCAUCUGGCUUUGAAGAUGGCCCCUCCUCAUCUCAGUACCCCUGGGCCAUUGUUUGGGGUCCCACAGUUUCAGUUGAUGAGGGAGGGGAUGCCAGCUCUGCCAACCCAGGCUUCCCACUUCUGGAUUAUGCCUUUGUUUCAUCCAAUGGAAUGGCAACAGCACAACCCAAUUCCCACUCACUGUUACACAAUGAAGGGCUCAACCUGCGUCAGACCCCAGCCACUCUACCACCCUUCCUCUUUGGACCUCGGGGAGAAGGUGUGGACCCCCAACUUUACGUCACCAUUACAAUUUCUGUCAUUAUCAUCCUUGUUGCAAUGGGAAUAAUACUCAAAUUCUGCUGGGACCGGAAUCAAAAGCGCCGUCACCAUUCUAGUCAGCAAAAUGAAUUGCAGCAGCAGGAGAGCCAGCAGCCUUUAACAGACCUGUCACCUGCCACGGUCAGCAUCCUAGGACCCUACAGCGAUUCACAGGUUCCUACGCCAGAGAUGGUGGAAAGUGGACAAGUACUGGAAGGCUUGGAGAAGCUGGACAGUCUAGGGAAGUCCAGUGCCUUCCAGCUCAAUAGGAUUCCACUGGUGAACUUGUGACUGAAUGCAAUGGAAGGAAUAAGGCUUGAUGUCCUUGUAAUGAGCUCAAAUGCUGAAUCUUCAAGGGAGUCCCACAGAAGCGGCAGCCCUUCCUUUAGUCCCAUCCUCCUGCAAUGCCACUUCUGGUGCAACAGAAGAGUUAUUGUGGAUCCCUUUGUGUCACCUCCUUCCACCAUCACUGCGGGCCCAACUAAAACAAAGAUGAGCUCACGUUCAACCCGCCAGGCUGGGCUUUCAGGAGCCCCAUGGUGCACGGCGAUUAGGGCAGUGUCAUGCCAACAAAGCCCGGGGAAGGAACAAGCGGAUGAAAGUUACUAGUAUGAUAAUAAUUUUAAACACAUCUCCCUUGUAUCUUGACACAAACAGUUGCAUUACAGAUAUUUAUUAGUAAGCAUGCUUGAUACCAAGAGGCAGGAUGCUGUGUGUCUUCCCUUCCUUCCCAACUUUUGUUCUCUUCCUCUUCGUGGGAUCUGAUGGGUCUUCCAAAAGGGCAGUUCUUAGUAUCAUUUGGGGUGGGGUGGGGGGAUGAUGCGGUUCUUACUGGGUUGUGGGAAUCAACAUACUAUAUAGAAAGUAAAAGUAUGAUUAAGGAGAACUAGAUACAAAGAGUCAGUAACAAACAGCAUACCACACUCAAUUUCCUAUGGUGGUUUUCAGAUUAACCUUUUCUCUAGAAUUGCCAUCCCUUGUUCAUCUUUUUAAAAUUGUGUUCUAGUAUCAUACUAAACCUAGGACCUGGUUAAUCCAAAUAUGCCACUUUCCUUUGAAAACCAUUGCUUGUUUAUAGUUAACUGAUACAGAACAAAAACCUCUGCCCAGAGAUAAUAGGAGAACAUGGUCGUAAACAAACAAGCCAAUGGCUAUUUCAAUGAAACAAUUGCAAGACUAUACUGUCUAGUGAUGACAGGCUAACCAUAACUGAAGUUUUGAUAGGGUCUUGUGCUUCCUAUUAAAUAUUUCCUGGCUGCAGGUGUGGUAUGCUUGAUUGCUUCAUAAUGAGAAUGAAUGGGAGAUAAGUGAAAAGCUAUUAAUGGCCCUCUGAAUAGUUUCUCUUCAACCCAAUGCAGCCUUUGUUUUGACAGCAGAACAAAAAUGCAUUAGAGGGGUUUGUUAGUUGCUUUUUUUUUUGUCUUAAAAAUAUUGUGGAAUUAUGUCCCUUCCCUCUGUGGCAGAAAACUAGCUAUUGAGGAAUUAAAAGAGGAAAUAGCUUGUUUAUAUUGCUGGGAACUUUCACUAAACAGAACCUUUUUGUGCAUAAACAUGCUAAGAUUUUCUUGAUAGCAGCAAGUGUUGUUCCUUUUGUAUAUGUAAAAUCUCUGAUUAAUUAAAUUUACUGCCAACUGCAGAAAGGUAGUUCCUUAGCACCACUGUAGUAUGUAGGCAACCCAUACCAUCUGUCUGUUCUUGAAUUUUUAAGCACAUUACUUGCUAUAGCUAUGGUGCCAAGAAGGUAUUCCUUUUAUGUCCCGCUUCAUUUGCCCUUCUAUAGCAUUUCAUUCUAGUUCUGAUUUCCCCACUACAAUGAUUGGAUGAGACGUACCUGUCCUGAUGCCCCCAAUGAAAACUUUGGUUUGCAAUAAGUGUGGCCUCCAAAAGCAUUGUAGUCAGUGCCAAAUGCAUUUCUUCUAGGAAGGGAUUCCAAAAUUGAGGUAUCACUGCUGACGGUGCUAGCUGGUGUAUAUAGUGUGCAUUGUGCCCUUCCAAGUAGGGAAGUAGUAGAGAUAGAGUUUCAGGUGGAGAUUUGAAGAUGGGCAGCCCAAAGAUUAUAAACCAUACGUAGCCACUGGAAUUUGCAUUGCUAAACAUUUCAGUCCUAACCUUAGGCUUAUAAUCAAGCCUUCUGGGGUCUGCUUUUGUUUUAAAGCACGGACCAGCUACCUGGGCAGUCUGACUCUUCUUAGGAUAUAAAGCUACUUCCUUGCAAUUCCAGCAUCAUUAUCCCUGGGUGUUCCAUAUUUUCUGCAGUGGAUUCUCUAAGCCUAGAAUAAAUAGUAAAGGUAUAUGUUUACAGUUUUGUACAGUAUCUGCAGAACUGUGUUGUCUAAGCAGGACAAAACCAAAAUCUGCUUUUUGAAAUACGGGCAUCUGUUCCAAAGCCCCAAGGAAGCACUUACUUGUUCUUUUUAUUACUUCAGUUUCUGACAAGCACAACUUCUUUAUCAAAGGCUCCUCCGGUAAUUAUAUCUGAGCUUCCAACGUAAAGCCGUGUUUCUGUGAUAAAUCCACAAGGGGCAGAUUCCUUUUUACCCAUCUUCCCAGAUACUAGAUUGCAUAGUUAUGAGAUACUCUGUACAAACAUUUGUUAUGUUUAUAUCUUGCUCUUUCCCAAGGAAACGCACUGAAUGAGUAGGUGCCACCCUGUCAAUUUUAGACUCACAACUCUUCUGCGAGGUGAGAAAGAGAAAGUGGCCCACAUUUAUCUGAAUGGAAUCAGAGAUUUGAAGCCAGCCUGAAUGGAGAUUUGAAGCUAGCCAGGUAUUUGGGGUUUAACUGGCCCUCUUAAGUUCUGGAGAAAAAUGCAUGAGUAACUUUUUAUAUUUCAAGUCACUUCUAUCUUAUGAACACUCAGAAUUAAAUUUCAUUGUUGCAUUUAGAAUUCCACUCUUAGAACCACCAAAUAGUCAAAAGAGUAUAGGGAUCCUGUACUAUUGAAAAUGAGGGGUAGGAAGGGGGAGCUGUUGUCAUUUUAUUUUAAUUGAGGAAGAAAUAAAGGAAACUUGCCAUUGUUAUUUGUAUUUAUCCCUCUCCUUUCUUUGUAGUAUACUUAAUAACAAUUAAAAUGUUUUCAUUAUUUCAUCUGCUUAAGGGUAUGAUACACAGGAAAUUAUUUUAAAGUGUCACUUAUUUAAGUAUGGAGUUACAUCUAUUUUUAAAUUAAGAAUUAAUUGCCAUAAUAAUGCCAGCAUAAAUUUCUUAUUCAAGUGAAAUAACUUUAUAGUUUAUUUUUAUGUAGUAAUAUGAAGUUAGUAAUCCCUUCUGCUUGUUUGGGGCAAAGGGAUCAUCAUCUAGUUAGUUAAGAACUAUAAAGCUCUAUAUUUUAUUAAUUAUAACAAUAGCACAGAGUUAGAAUGUGACUACCAAGAUCCCUAGUGGAAACCACAGACCACCCAGGCAUGCUUAUUAACCAAAUAAUAAUAACAAUAAUAACCAACCCCCACCAUAACUGUAUCCUCUUUGCCUGGGUUUGAAAUGCCAAAAUCAGUCAACUGAGCUUUUUUCAGCUUGUUUAUAAAUGUCAUAUUUUAAUGUCUGUACGCAAAGCUGCUUUUAUUUUAGCAACACAUAAGCCCUAAUCCACCAUCUUCAUCAAAAUUAAAGAGAAGUUGGAAUGGAUGAUGCUGUAGCAUGUGAAGUAAAACAAGAAAAAGACAUGCGGCAGAAAUAUUAUUAAGACUGCCCAUCACUGGAAGUAAAGGAAAAAUGGUGUCGAUAUAAACUUUGGGAGGGAAGGUGAAAAACUGGUUAGGUGCUUAACUACUUAGAUGUUUACCUUUUCUAUGCCUGUUAUUCUCUUACCUUGAUAUGUGUUUGAAGAAGAUAAGGAUUCUUCCUCAACAAAAUUGUGUUCUCUGACCUUUAAAAAUAUUAAUCCUCAUGCUGUUAAAACAGAGUGAUGUCAGCAAGUCUGACUAAAGAUGUUUUAGCCAAUGAAAUGAAAAAUGCAAAAACCUUCAGCAUGGAAUUCAGUUGAUGGGUAAUCCACCAGAGACUUUUCUUCUACAUGCCUCAUUGUAAUUAAGGGCAUUUCUGUGUUUACUGUUUGAGCUGUUCCUAUCCUUUGCUCAUGCCUGCUUGACUCUACGCCAGCUUAAAAAAGCCUGGCCAAUAUAUAACUGUAUACUGUAUUCGUUUCUAAGGGCUUUUUGACUACAGUGGGUGUAGCUGUUUUGAACAUAAUUGGUCAAAAUCCAAUGUGUUUUACAAUUAUAUUUUUUUCUUUCCAAAAUUCCUUUCUCAUGCUUUGCUUUACUUUCUUGGGUAACGAUUGGAAUGCUGGACUGAUUCUCCAGUCAGCUGAGAUAGAAGAAUUUUAUCCCCAUCUUCCAAGCAGCUCAUGGCUUAAAAUAGCUCAACUGUUACCGUACUUUUAAGACAUUAAACACAAUCCAUGCUAGCAUUUGAUGGGUUACUUAUAUGGGGAAAAGAGAUGGAGCAGCUGCAAAGAUCAUAACCAAGUUGUUCUAAAAUUAUUUCUCCCAGCCGGAAUAGGAAGAGGUAGCACUGGAAACUGUUGGGUAGGCAAAGCAGAGAUGCUGCCAAAGGAAGCAGGCAGGGUUAAGCAAAACUGAAAAUUGAGGUGGGUGAGAUGGAGGAGAAGCCAUGUCGUGGGCAGCAGCCAGCAUUUAUCCAUUCCUGGUUUGGAUACAUACUUUAUUUUGGCACAUGGCCAAAACUAUGCACAAACCCUAAAUUUGCUGCUCCAAGGUUUUCCAGGUGAAAGGGGUGGUUGAAGCGCCUGGUUGGACGGUCUCAUCUCCUCUUCAUUAGGGUUCCUCUUGCCCUUGCCUUGACCCAGCUAAACCAGGGGAGCAUAGAUUUUUCCACCCAAUAGGGGGGAAAAGAAGCUAACAAUGAUUACCAUGAUGGGUUAUGCUGAGGUCUAAUAGGUCUGGUCAUGAGAGAAUGGCUCUGCCAUAAGCAUACAUAUUGUAGACAGUUCUGUCUCCGUGACAGUAUGUACAGCUCCAUAAAAAACUUCUUUAACUUCACUGCAUUGGAAUCCUUAGAGUCUUCUGUGUCAUUAUUUAUUUUUGUUGGCCUCUGCAUCAGUGAUAGUACAUUAAAUGCUGUUAAUUGUAAGUGCAUAACUACACAGAGCUUCCCAAUGGGGGUGGUUACACUGCAGGAUGAAUGUACUUUCUAUCUCUGCUACAUGUAAUCAGAUUUCUUUGUCGGGUUUUAAUUCUCUUGUUGGCCAUAUUGCAGACGUGAGAGCUGUAAUGGUAGCAUCAGGCAAAUAUCAACUGGGACCCAAACAACCCAUGAAACAAAAGCCACUUGGGUUUAUAUUUUCCAAGAAAAAUCUAUGACAUUGUAAUAUUUUUUCCUAUUUGUUUUCAUGCCAAUAUCUUUUUUUAAAUAAAUUAAUUUAUCCUUACAAG